UUGCCAGCUGAAACGGCGCAUUAACCAACAGAAAUAUCUGAUCGAACGCUGUGUACCGAGGGAUAGCCAACUAGAAUCGACUCUGUGAUCUCUUCCCACUAGCGGGAGCAAUACUCAUCAUUAUGAAGAUAACCGAUCUUGGUCUUCGCAAUGGAAAUCAUCCUCGAACCUUCAUCACUCUCCUCUUCGGGACGGUGCUUGGUGUUAUGCUUGCUAACUUCAUCACGUCUUCGACCGUAAGAGUGAAUCCAUGGUUACCGAAAUGCUUCUAUUAUCGAAACGCACCGCCUGUAGCCAGCGAUCCGCAUACCGGAAACGAGCUGCGGUAUGCCUUCGGUCCAGAGAAGGACGUGGGAAAGCACGCUUCGAAUGAAGAGGUUCAUGCCCACGAAAACUCCUCACUAUCACAGCAGCUGCAACGUGAAGUACGCGUCCUAUGUUGGAUAAUGACCAAUCCGACAAAUCACAAACAAAAAGCUUUACACGUUAAGCGCACGUGGGGUAAUCGGUGUAAUAAGCUGGUGUUUAUGAGUUCUGUGGCAGAUCCGUUGAUCGACUCGGUUGCACUACCAGUUGGCGAAGGAAGGAACAAUUUGUGGGCCAAAACGAAAGAAGCUUUCAAAUAUCUCUAUAAAAAUCACCUAGACGAUGCGGAUUGGUUUAUGAAAGCUGAUGAUGAUACAUACGUUGUUGUAGAGAAUCUGCGUUACAUGCUUUACGCUUACUCUCCAAGCCAUCCGAUCUACUUCGGGUGCCGCUUCAAGCCGUUUGUUAAACAGGGCUACAUGUCCGGCGGUGCCGGUUACGUUUUGAGCAAAGAGGCAGUCAAACGCUUCGUAGAGGAUGCGAUACCGAAUCCCAAGUGUAGGCAAGAUGCUGACGGAGCAGAAGAUAUCGAGAUGGGGAAAUGCAUGGAGCUGGUGAAGGUAUUAGCAGGUGAUUCCCGUGAUUCCUUAGGCCGGGGACGAUUUUUCCCGUUCGUCCCAGAGCAUCAUCUUAUACCGAAUCAUGUGAACGAUGAUUUCUGGUACGUGAAAUACACAUACUACAAACCGGAUGAGGGUCUCGAUUGUUGCUCCGAUAAUGCUAUCUCAUAUCACUACGUUUCACCAAACCAAAUGUACGUGCUGGACUAUUUGAUUUAUCAUCUGCGCCCGUACGGUAUCGUUGGUCACGCGCAGCCUCUACCAAAGAAGCUCAGCCUCUCUGACAUAGUGCGAAUGGAUGAUCUGGCAAAGACGACUCCAAAGCCCGCGACGAAUAAUACGGUGCAGAGUGAAACCAAAGUGAAUGAACCAAAGACCUAAACUCGUAACUGCUGCC